GUCAUAUGACCCCCAGUGACCCACGUGUGCUGCCGCUUGUGUUACUGUGAGAGAGACAGAAGAGUUUUAGAGAUCAUCUGCACUAAGGAGGAACUGAAGAGUCAAACAGCAGAAAUAGGUUGAGGAGUGCUAUAAAAUGUCUAAUGUGCCGCGAGAGCUAAUGGAAAGAUCUCAAACGCCGCAGUGUCGACAUUAGCUGGUGUCUCUCCCGGCCUCACCUUUUCUGUGUUGAAUUUCAACAGUCACGGGAAUCUACACCGACGAAAUAUGGAGGCCGUCACUUGAGACCUGAGGGAGUGUUUGCUCCCCAUUGUGAUUUCUUUAUGCUCUGGCGUCCGUAACUCCACGGGGAGCGCCGCAUUUACGACUCCUUUCCCAUGUGGCUUCUACUGGGAGCCUGGAGUCAUCUGGAGUACUGCAGGCUGCCAGCCAAGCCCAGGAAGAGAUAAAGUGCAAGAUGACUUUAUGACUCCCUCUUCCUCCCCCCCGCCUCGCUCCUCUCUCAAAGAAACUGCUCCCCACGCCUGGAGGACCGAAAUGUUUUGGGAUGCUUACCUGGUCUGGCGGAGGAGAUUGGUGCUACAACAGCUACGAGCAGCAGGAGCAGAAGCCCCACCACGGGAGAAUCCAGCACACUGAAGUACCCCUUUUCUCAGGAUAAUCACGGAGGAGGGCUGCAUACCUGUAUGUGCUUCAUGUGGUUGGAUGUAGACUGAAGCCAAGCUGAAGAGUGAGAAGAUGACAAAGGCGAUGAUGAUGAAGGUCAGCUCAAAGCCAGAGAAUGGCAGGUCCAUCUACACAACGAGCCAACACAGAGGACAACGUCACAUUUGAAGCCUGUGAGAUGCUGCAGAUGUUCACGAGAGAUGACUUUUGUUUGAUUGUCCCAAACGAAACAGCGAGGGACGAUAAGAAAAGCAGGGGAGGGAGGAGGUUUUUGAGACUUACCUGUUGAAGAUUCACAGCAGCUAUUUUCUGAUCUGAAUUCCACAAAGAAAUGACUUCUGUGUGUCUUCACAUGCACACAUUCAAAAAGGAAAGGAAACAGUCGUACCAUUCGAGUGUGCAUACUCCUCACUGAGCAUCCCAGUAAUGGUGAAGAGGGCGAAAACCAGGAGUGAGAACAUGAUGGUCAGGACCUCCAACUGAUCCAGUGGAGACGUCAUCUACAGCACGUUAACACAGGAGGGCAGUGGAGAAGGAGGAGGAGGAGGAGGUGGUGGUGUGCACUGUUGAGUAGUUUCCCAGUCGUCAUGACAACCUCACACCCCACCAUCUCCAGAGCUGUCUUCCUGUUGCCACGGUGACCUGAUCCAUUCCGUCUCCGCUCCCCUUGAACCGGAUUGGGCUGAUAAAGGACAGUGAUCCCAGAGCAGUGUCUCCUUUCCCUGAAAACUGCUGGUGGAUGGGACAGCGGAUCAGACGUGGGGACAGGGAUCGGAGGACAGGAAGGCGCAGUGUGCUGGGAAUGCUGUGGGAGUAACACCGGAGCGUUGCCUAGAAACAGCAGCAUGCCAAUACAACAGAUAACUGUAGUUCCAGCCAGGGAGACAGCCGGUAAUGCCAAGAGCACCUCUCGCUCCAAAGACAAGCCCGAGGGGAGGAAGGCCCCUGGGCGCUCAGGGAGUCGAUCCAGCAACAUUUCCAAGGCCAGCAACUCUACCACAGGACUAACUACAGCUUCAAUCACACCAUCUUCUCAGGAUAUAUGCAGUACUGGCCAGCUGACCCGUUUAGAGGAGGAUACUUCUGAGUCACGCCAACACAACAAGCACACACACGCCUCUGUGAUGACAGUCACCAGUACAGUGCUGGGCUCAUCGGCUCAGGCCCAGAAGAAGCAGGUGAAGCGCCGUCACCGCCGCAAGAGGAGCAGCUGCACCGCCCUCGACUGCGUGGAACCCAGCGCCAAACAGGAGCAGACCGACCGCAGCGACCGCAGCCUCAGCUCUGACCGUAGCGAGCUGGGGGAGAAGAGGGAGCGGUCUUCCAGGAACCGGCGAGAGCUCCCACCUCGCCUCCGCUGCUCAGGAGCCCCCCAGUCCGACUCCACCUCUGAGGAUGAGGCGUGGCGCGAGGCCCGCAGCUGGAGCAAAGAGAAGGCGAGGAGAGUGCGCCGCCGCAGCGGGAGCAGCCGAGAGAGGAACGGCCCGAACGGAGGUAAAGGAGGGCAAGACAAAACGGACAUCAUGGAGCUGCAGUCGGUGGGCUCGGAUGAAGGGAAGGAGAACCAGCCUCUGGUGGAGGAAAGCGGAGGCCUCAAGAAACGGCACAACGGCAGGGCCUCCAUGAAGAGAGACGGACGCGUUUCACCGAAGGAACGCUCCCACAGCAGAGAUAAGGAGAAGAACCACAAGCCGUGCAGCCCAGAGGGCAGCUCCUCAUUGGCAGAAGACCAUGAGGAGCUCAUCACCAAGAGAUAUCAGGAAAAAGGGUCAGGGGGUGGGGACAUGUCAGUGCCCACAGCACAGACACACUGCGGUGUAAAUGGAGGCGCACUGCUGCCCUGUUCUGAUGACUCUGAGCUGGAGGUCUGCAGGAUCUGCCACUGUGAGGGGGAUGACGAGUGCCCGCUGAUAAUGCCUUGUCGCUGCACAGGAAGCCUGAGCUUCGUCCACCAGGCCUGUCUCAACCAGUGGAUCAAAUCCUCAGACACUCGCUGCUGUGAACUCUGCAAGUUCGACUUUGUUAUGGAGACGAAGCUCAAACCUUUACGCAAGUGGGAGAAGCUACACAUGUCAAAGAGUGAGAGGAGAAAGAUCUUCUGUUCAGUCUUGUUUCACCUGAUAGCAAUAGUGUGUAUGUUGUGGUCAGUCUACGUUCUGGUCAAGAGAACCGCGGAGGAGAUCAGACUCGGAAAGAAUGAGGAAUUAUGGAGAUUUUCUCUUCUGAAGUACUAUACGCCACAGGGUGUGCUGGAGUGGCCCUUCUGGACCAAGCUGAUUGUGGUGGCCAUAGGCUUCACAGGUGGCCUCAUCUUCAUGUACAUCCAGUGUAAAGUCUACCUGCAGCUUUGGCGCCGCCUCAAGGCCUUCAACCGCAUCAUCACUGUGCAGAACUGCCCCGAGAAAGGCUUGCACAACUCUCAGGCCCGCACCAGUACCUUGACCAACGGCAGGCACGAAACUGUGGAGGUUCCGGUCAGUGUGGCCCCCGUCCCAGCUCCAGAAGCACAGAUGGACUCAGACAUGUCAGUGGAGGCUGCGGUGGCUCCGGCACCAAACCCAGUCUGACUGAUUCUCCUCCCGAGCCCCAAACACACCCUGGUCUUCAACACAAGCUGGUAUGAGCACGGUGUGAUUUAGACUCGUACAGUGUUUUAGUGUUGUUGAUCUCAGCUCCUGUGAUUACCGAUCUUGACGCAGUGGACGGAUUUAAAGUCUGUUUGCGAUCAAGGAAAACUGAAAGGCUGAAGGGCUGCAGUGAAGUGAGUGUGAAAGAAAAAGAAAAGAAGAACGUGGCAGGCCAUAAAAUGGAUUUAAAAAAGGUGAGGAAAGGAAAAGGAAAAUAAAGCCAUCAGCAAGAGAA